CCUUGGCGCAAAGCCUGGCAGGCUCCGAGCAGAGCGGAGCUCUCUACUGCUGAGCUGCAGCCAAAAUACCACAGACGGCAUCCCUGCUCCCUCCCCUCCAGCGCCCAGGCCAAAAACUAAAAAGGGGCUUAAUUUUUCAGCCAGAAAUUUUAAAAAAAAAUUGAUUUUUUGUUUUUUUCUGCACGAUUUUUGAUCCAUUCAAUUCCAAACCCCAGGCUUUUGGGGUUUUUUCCUCCUGUAUUUUGGCCAUUCCAUUUGAGCCUGAGCCCCCUUCCUCUCCUAUUCCUGUCUAAACCAAGCCAACUUUCCUGCCACCAUGGUGAUGUUCAAGAAGAUCAAGACUUUCGAGAUGGUUUUCAGCGAGCCCGGCAAGGUCUACUUCAGCGGGGAGAAAGUGGCCGGCCGUGUGCUGGUGGAAGUGACCGACGUCACCCGAGUCACGGCUAUGAAGGUGUUGGCCUGUGGCGUGGCCAAGGUCAACUGGGCCAAGGGCCCCCACCACUGCAAGCAGGAGAUGGAGUACCUCCGCUACGAGGACGUCCUGACCCUGGACGACAAACCCACUGAUGAGGAUGGCUCUGUGAUCUUGAGACCUGGGAACAAAUACGAAUACAAGUUUGGAUUUGAGCUUCCUCAAGGACCCCUUGGUACUACCUUCAAAGGGAAGUACGGCUGUGUAGAUUACUGGGUGAAGGCUUUCUUGGAGCGCCCAUCAGUCCCACCUCAGGAGACAAAGAAGCAUUUUGAGGUCAUGGACCCUGUUGACAUCAACACUCCAGAUCUACUGUCUCCCGUCUCUGCCAAGAAGGAGAAGAAGGUGUCCUGCAUGUUCUUUCCUGAUGGCCACGUGUCUGUCAGUGCCAGGAUCGACAGGAAGGGGUUCUGCGAAGGGGAUGAAAUCUGCAUCAAUGCAGACUUUGAGAACACAUGCUCCCGCAUCGUGGUACCCAAGGCAGCCAUCGUUUCCAAGCACACCUACCUAGCGAAUGGCGAGACCAAAGUUUUCGUCCAGAAACUCUCCUGCGUGCGUGGCAACCACAUCAUCUCGGGCAUGUCUGACACCUGGCGGGGCAAAACAAUCCGUGUCAGGAAGAUCAAACCCUCUAUCCUGGGCUGCAACAUCUUGCGCGUGGAGUACUUCCUGCAGAUCUAUGUGAGUGUCCCUGGCUCCAAGAAGAUCAUCCUGGAACUGCCUCUUGUCAUUGGCAGCAGAUCUGGGAUUGGCAGCCGCAGUUCCAGCAUGGCCAGUCAGACGAGCUCUGAAAUGAGCUGGGUGGACCUGAACCUCCCUGAUGCUCCAGAAGCACCCCCAUGCUACCUAGACAUUGUGUCUGAAGAUCACCGCCUGGAGAGCCCCACCACUCCCCUUCUGGAUGAUCUGGACAGUUCCUUUGACAGCCCUAUCUUCAUGUAUGCUCCUGAGUUCAAGUUCAUGCCUCCACCUACUUACACCGAGGUGGAUCCUUGCACUGUCAACAACAACGUGCAGUGAGCGCUGAGCGAAGAAACAGCCGUUGCUCUGUUUCUCCGACUUUCCAUGAACUCUUAAUCUGCACUGAUUAUACCCAGCUGCAGCAGAGUGGGUAGUAAAGCCCUGAUGCAGAAAAAGCAUCGCAAGAAGGAUGCAUUUGACGCGUCCAAGAGAUGCAGCGCAAAAGGCGUCCUGCUUCUACCUGCUGUGCCGAGAAACGUUGUUCAGUUCCAAGGGGGCUCCAAGCCUUGCCCUCAUCCUAAAGUCUUCUAGGACCUCCAAAGAGAGAGAUGUGUAGAGGGGGGCAGUGAUUGGGGGGGUGGGGCUCAUGUAAUGUGGGGAAGGUAUCUUCUCCUUGAUGAGCACUUGACUUGAUUUGAAUCAUUAUGAAGGAGAGAGACCUGAGGGAGAAAGUUAUUGGAUUCUAGCUCCUAAAGACUCAGAAACCAUUCCUGUAGCAGAACGGUCACCAUCACAAUGCCUUGAAUCUGAUCUAGCAAAGACAGGCUGAACAUGUCAUACGUUCAUACACACGUUUCACCGAGUGUCUGGAGAUGUAAGUGGGGACUCUGCGUAGGAUUAUGAACACAGCAGGGUUGUUGCUUUUGCUUAAGCCUGUGCCUUACAUCUAAGAGCUUAAAAUUCUUAAAUUGUCCAGCAAAGUUUUGGGGCUUUGGUAAAAACACUUGGUGAAGGAAAGACUUCUGAUUCCGGAGUGAUAACAUCCUUUCAGAGUCUCAAGAAAGAAAGCAACAGCCCUGUAAAAGGGAAAGUAUUUGCUUUUUCAUGCAGUAGGCAAGAGAUUUAUUUUUUCCUGCAUGUUUGUUUCUUUUUGUUCUAACAAGCGAAUGGGACACUAAAGUCCAAGCAUCUUUCAGGUGCUCAAUUUUGAAACCGAAUCAGUUAAAACCAGUGCUGUAACUGGUAGGUUGUUUGUUGUUUUUUUAAGUUUUAUCUUAUUUACAUUAUCUGAAUCUACUCAACAAAUGUAAGCUAUACCUCCACAAUGCUGAUGGGAAGAAUCACUAUGACAGUCUUGGGAUAUACUCAGAUUUCACUUUUCCAUCCUUUUCUGUGGAUACAGCCAAGGUAUUAAAAAAACCAUCCCAGUCUGCACUGCUUGGGUCUGUGAGCCUCUGCAGAUGACACAGAGGCUUCCUUGAUGGCAUUGUACAGCCUGAAGAAUGUUAAACCCCUUGAGACACUGAAUCUUGUCAUGCAUUCCCUUUCCUGGCUAUCAAAGCACAAAGUCUCAAAAGACACUUUGACCAAAGCUUCAUCUAAUGGUGCCAAAUAAUUUUAAAUUGUGUGUUAUCCAGAGGCAUCUGGGGAGAAAAAGCCUCACUCUUCAGCCAUGCAUGCCAUGACGGAGCAAAAGCGACUGGGAAGGUUUUUAAGUGAGGAGGGGGCUGCUGGCUUUAAUGCCACCAGCUAGUUUGCCCUCUCCCGACAUGGAAGACCAGCACUUUUAUGAUUUUUUCAUUCUUUAUUGCGUAUUAACCCAGCACUGUAUAUACUAAGUGUUACUAGGCAGAGCCGAGCUCUGGCAUGCCGCAGCUGCUGCCUCCAAAAGCUGAGACAUGAAUCGGGUGUACUGCAUUUUUUUUUCUACUGUUUUUAUUUUGUAUUUGUUUGAAACGGUUUUUAUAUUUUGUACUAAGAUCCCAUAAGCCCCUAUGGGGCUUUUUUAUUUUUAAUAAAGGUCUUGAAAAUCCAAA